AUGCCAGACUCUUACCCCCUUAUCCAACCGAGGCUUUCCGCAGUGUCUAGCCUAACCGAAGAAGAAAAUACUGAGACAAGCCUACAUAAAGAGCCACGACAGAGAUGUCUUAAAAGUUGCCGCGAAUGCAGCCGGCGCAAGAUUAAAUGUGACAGAAAAAUACCAUGCCGCGCUUGUAUAGAGAGGGGCGAGGCAGAAUUGUGUCGCCGGCAGCUGCCUUUGCCAGCCAAGCAUCAAGUUCAGACGAGAUACAGCUCGACGGUGCCGCCUGCGAUUCAGGCUGAGCUCGACAGCCUACGCAGCCGGUUGGAGCGGGUAGAGUCUGCUAUCUCACUACGGAGCAGUACGCCGCAACCUCAGUUUACCGAUGCCGAGGAGUUCAAUGAGAAUGGGCUUGCCGGUGCCAUAGAAGAAGCUGCGCUGGGGAUUGGAGAAAAGCGGAGAUGGCAGGGUAGUUCGCUUUUACUUGCGGGCAGGAGACCCUCAGAGUCUGUGCCUUCUCGAUGGUUCUCGUCUAUACCAUUCUCAACAUGUCUGCUGGCCCUUCCGCGGCGGCAUGAAUCUCAAAAACUGCUCAAAUGGUACUGUGAGCACCUUGACUAUCUGUGUGCAUGCUUGCAUCAGCCUACUUUGGUACAACAGCAUGAUACCUUUUGGACAGAUUACGAGCAGCAGAAACCACAGGAUGGUAUGGUGCUAGCACUACUCUUCGCCGUGCUGAGUACAUCGGCAUUCUUCUUGGACGAGGAGCAGGCUCAAUUGAGAGGGUUCGACCAUCAAGAGCUGUAA